AUGUCGGAGGAGUUUGAUAUUGACGACUAUUCAAGAGAUAGGUCAAGAUCCCCUGUGAGAGACAGAGACCUGUCGCCAGGCAGGAACUCUAGGAAGGACUAUGAGGCUCCUCGUGGCAGUGAAAGAAGAGGUGGCUACCCUAGAAGAGCCAGAGAAGGCUCUGAGCGUGCUUGGAAAGCAAGAAAUGCUCGUCGUGAAAGAACCGGCCGUGGUGACCGUCGCGACAGGGGUGACAGAGGUGACAGAGGCGACAGAGGUGAAAGAAGAGGCCGUAUCUCCAUGGCUGAUGCGCUGACUGUUCCAGGUGACGAGGAGCAGCGUAGCAAAGUGGAGCGCAACUAUGAGAAGUCCAUUUUCGUCGGCAACAUCCCAUUUGAAUCGACUGCUAAAGAUAUUGAACAGAUCUUCAGUAAAGACUUUGAUGUAGUGCGUGCUGACAUCGUCACCAGACGUGGCCUCUCUCGUGGUAUGGCUACCGUCGAGUUCUCGUCCAUUGAAGAUGUUGAGAAGGCUAUUGCCCAAUUCGAUCGUACCGAGUACCAAAACAGAGAGAUUUUUGUUAGACAGGAUCACCCACCUCCAGAGGAAAAGAGACGUGAACCCGAGUCCAGAUCAACGCCUGCCAAAGACGAUGAUCGUGAGCCCAACCCUGAGGUGUUUGUCGGCAACUUGCCUUACAGUGUCUCUUGGCAGACGUUAAAGGAUGAGUUCAGAAGCAUUGGUUCCAUCGUUCGUGCUGACAUCCUCACUGACCGUUCUGGUAGAUCUCGGGGCUACGGUACUGUUGUGUUUAGAAGUACCGCUGAUGCACAGGCUGCUAUUGACAAGUACAACGGCUUUGAGUUGGAGGGCCGCAGAAUUGAGGUUCGCUUUGGCAGGGAAAAGAAGGAGGCCAAGACCAAGAAAAACUCUUCCUUCACUGAAGGUGUCAUUGGCGGCGGUGAGCCCUCCAAGACCAUUUUUGUCGGAAACUUGCCCUACAUCACCACUAAGGCCGACUUGUUCGACCUCUUUGAGACUGUUGGUCGUGUCACUCGCGCUGAGAUUCAGUUGGAAGCUCGUGGCAGGGCCUCUGGAAACGCUGUUGUCGAGUUUGAGAUGCCUGAGCUCGCUGAAUUGGCCAUCAAGAACUUGGAUAAUUACAAUUACGGUGGCCGUCCUUUGCUGAUUGCCUACGCUAAGUAUCCAGCCAAUGUGGAGAACGACGAAGAGAACGACGAGAAGUUCGCCGACGCUGAGAUGGGCGACCAAUAG